AUGGAAUAGAGAUUGAAUACCUCUUUUCUUGAUCAAAAAUCAUAUAUAUCACCUAGUUUAGCUAACUACCAUUAGCAUGAUGAUUGCUGUCAGUUAUUUGAAAACUUUAUUAAAAUAAAUAUCACCUAAUCAAAUGCUUAACCUUAUGAUCCAAAAUGUUUUAUAAUAUAUAUAUAUUAGGUUUUACAAAAUAGUAUAAUGUCAUAGUAGAAGGAGUUGUUUUUAAUAUACUCAGUUCGAGUGAUAUUGAGAAUCAAUUUAUAAAAGAAAAAAUAGAAUCAGAAGAAUGA